GGGGAAAGUGGGUGUCGCUGUGUAUAAUAAUUAUACGAGACAAGGGAGGUAUUUUCUGACGGGUGGCUUCACUGAAGACUCGACAACUCGAGCUCGGAGGACUGCAGCGCCUUCAUCCGCAAUAAGCGUCCCGUGAAUAGAUUCCAACUGGAUUUUUGACAGGGGGAACCAGUCGAAAUGUGGAUAUAAUGAGUCCAAACACACACUGUCUCAAAAGCCUGAACUCUUAAGUGGACCUAAGAUGAUUUGUCAACGGAGAGACGAGAAGGGUGCAAGGCACCGCAGAAGCACCGCGGACUGUUGUUGUCUGAGAAAUGAUAACAAAUGAACGACACGGAAAGGAACAUGGUUGAAAGGACCAGUAAAUUUCUGUUGAUCGUGGUCGGAUCGGUCUUCUUCAUGCUGAUUUUGUACCAGUACGUGGCGCCCGGGGUGAUAAACUUCGGCUCCCCGCACGGGUACCUUCUCGGCGAAGAGGACAUGACCAUUUUCCCCACUCCGGAUCCGCACUAUGUGAAAAAGUACUACUUCCCUAUUAAAGAUCUCGAGCGCAAGAUUGAUUUCGAAAUCAAGGGGGAAGACGUGAUUGUUUUCCUCCACAUCCAAAAGACCGGCGGGACCACCUUCGGGAGGCAUCUGGUCCAAAACGUUCGCUUGGAGCUUCCCUGCGAUUGUAGACCGGGCCAGAAGAAGUGUACUUGCUACCGUCCGAACCGAAAGGAAACCUGGCUGUUCUCUCGGUUCUCCACCGGCUGGAGCUGCGGCUUACACGCGGACUGGACCGAGCUCACAAACUGCGUCCCGGGAGUUCUCAACAAAAAAGAGAGCAAGUCGAAAAAAAUUAGAAAGUUCUACUACAUCACUUUACUGAGGGACCCCGUUUCCCGCUACCUUAGCGAAUGGAGGCACGUCCAGCGAGGGGCGACGUGGAAGACGUCCUUGCACAUGUGUGACGGACGAACACCCACACCUGAAGAGUUGCCGCCCUGCUACGAAGGCACAGAUUGGUCAGGGUGCACCUUGCAGCAAUUCAUGGACUGCCCCUACAACCUAGCCAAUAACCGCCAAGUGCGUAUGCUUGCAGACCUUAGUCUGGUCGGCUGCUACAACCUUUCUACAGUCCCAGAGAAGAGGCGCUCACAAUUGCUGCUCGAAUCAGCCAAGAAGAACCUACGGGACAUGGCAUUCUAUGGCCUGACAGAGUUCCAGCGGAAGACGCAAUACCUAUUCGAGCGCACCUUCCACCUCAAGUUCAUCAGACCCUUCAUGCAAUACAACAGCACCCGGGCGGCUGGCGUGGAUCUUGAUAAUGACACGAUACAACGCAUCGAGGAGCUCAACGAUCUGGAUAUGAAGCUGUACGACUAUGCCAAAGACCUGUUUCAGCAGCGCUACCAGUACAAGCACAUGCUGGACCGCCGGGAGCAGAGACUACUGAGGGGACACGCAUCUUUCCACAGUCCCUUCCGAGAGGAUGGAGCUGGGGGAGAGGGCACGGCACGCCUGCCAACCGAGGAUUACAUGAACCAUAUCAUCAACGGAUGGUAACCACCCACCCCUCUCCAGAGAGACCAAAUACUGACACAGUAACGAGGAGAGGGGGAAUACAAGGACCCAAGUGGAAUACCCUUUCCCAGAUGAGAGAGUUCACCAUCCCAUCCUUCAGUCAGGAUUACGGGACCAGUCUGUGCGUUUCGCUUAGUGCAGGAUCUCCUUGGCCUUUUUUAAACAGAAGUUCUGGUCGGAAUUAAGUUAUUAUAGUUUUUUGUUGUUGUUUUGUUUCACAAAUAGAGUGACUGAAAUUAACUAACCUGAAUAUCAAUGGACUCUUCAUGAAAAUAAAAGAUUGUUUUUAUAUAUAUAAAUAUAUAUAUAAAUAUGUAGAUUGCCUUUUUUUACAUCCUGGUGUGAAACGGAUUGAGCCAGUCGCAAGUGGUUGAUGAUUACUAACAGGUGUUGUAUGAUUUUAUAUAUAUAUAUCUUAAUAUAUAACACAAAAGAAUCCCUUUUUCCAUGAGUGUUUUAUCUUUUGUCUUUGAAUGUCAAACAGUUUUCUGGUAAGUUUUCCAUAAGCCCAAUUGCCAUAAGUCCAUUCCUGACAGUCAGAUGUCAUUUCUUAUACCCCCCCAAAAAAUGAAUGUCAUCAUGCAGUUUUUAUUUUAGCAUGUGCUAAUUUAUACAGUAUGCACCGUAAGUGUUGUUCUUACACAUUUGCUGUGAUAUUUUUACCCAUAGUGCAGUGCAGUAUGCCCACAUUUUGCAUUGUAAAUCUCGUACCUUAAAUGAACAAAGCACUCACAUAAUUUGCCCUUGUUAAUUGCCGAGUUGAGUUGAGCGCACAUGUAGAAUGUGUUAAUUGAACUUGCACUGAACAUGUCGGGGCUUGACAUCCCUCACGGGUCUACCUAGACUUCUUAACUUCCAUCUUCCCUCCAGCUAAAACUCAGAAAUAAACUGCUAUUGAAGCCAUGUUUAGAUAAAUGUCAAAAAUGCUUUUGGGGAAAGAACGAAAAAAUAGAUGACAUGUUCCAUCUGUCUCUGUCAGUCAAUUUGGAGAGUUGAGAUCAGUGAGGAAAGUAUGACGAUUGUUAUAAGUGUGUAUACGAUAAUAGUUGUCACGAUACUGGAAUUCGGUACUGUGUGAAUGUUGAAAUUUUAAAACAUCCAUUUCCCGUGAACAUUUGAGUGCUAUUGAUCACGUUCUUAACCACCACUGAUUUGCCAUUGCUUUACAGUUUUUAAAGACAUACCUUAGUCAAAAUGAUUUAGUUACUAAGUUUACAGUAAUAACACUACAAUAUUAUGAACUGAAAUUCCUCCACAUCCACACAGCUCUCAGAUCCUCUUUAAAUGCUGCUCUCUAAAUCACUGUCUAUCUACCCUUCAUGGUCAUUUAAGAACUUGCUCAACAGUGCUCAAAUGUUCACGGGAAAUGGACGUUUUUAAAAUUUCAGUAUUGAUUGGUACCGAAUUCCAGUAUCGUGCAACCCUGUGUGAGCGUCUUGAGUUUGCUUUCCAACAAUGUCCGUUACUGUGAGUAUUUCUGUUUUUCAUGACACCUGAAUCUUUAAAAGUACCAAUAAAAAUACAUUUUCCAUUUUUAA